CUUUAUGUUUCUAAGAAAUACCCCAACGUGAACGUCCGUCCGGUUCCACCAUCUGUCCUGGGGAAACUCGGACUGACCCUAUCGCAGAGUUCCCAUAAAAUGCAAGCGAGAGCGCUUGGCUUUGUGGCUCAAGGGAUUUUUCUGGCUGGUAUGUGGGGUUUUUUUGUGUUUAACCGUAACUCCUUAUUAACCAAUGUCUCUUCUUUUUCUCUUCUAUACCUCACCCCGUGAUGGAUUUUGGUGUCUUGCUGAUGUGGUUUUCCCGGCCGGCUCAUCUCUGGCCUCAUCAUGACAACAGAGAAGAGUUUAGCGGCGGACGCCGAGAAUCCGGAGCAGCAGCAAGCGAAGGAGGAGGAGGGAGCUGCUGAAACACAGCAGCAAGAGGCUUCUUCGGAGGAAGCGGCUCAGCAGGCGUCGGAGGAGCAGACCCCAUCGGGGCAGAAGCAGAAGGCCUCCAACGGCGAUACACCCACGCACGAGGAGCAGGGCAAGAAGGAGCGCCGCACCUCGGAGGGCCGGGGCCUGUCCCGCCUGUUUUCAUCCUUUCUCAGGAGGCCCAAGUCUCAGGUUUCUGAAGAGGACAAAGACGCCGAUGGCCCUAAGGAGGGAGAAGGUGAGCAGAAAGAGCCUGGAUUAGGAGCCAGUCCUGACGAAGAGAUCCUGGUGAAGGCCCCAAUUGCAGCUCCCGAGCCUGAGCUCAAAACCGAUCCGUCGCUAGAUCUCCAUUCGUUAAGCAGUGCGGAAACGCAGCCUGCUCAGGAGGACAGGAGGGACGACCAGGACCCGGACAGCAGAGACCUCGAGGGCAAGGAAGAAGGUGGAGCGGAGGAGGAGUGCUCCAAGGCAGAGCCGAGGAAGGAGACUCCCGAGACAAAAGCAGACAAGGAUUCGAAAGCUACCCAGAGGGCAGUAAAAAGACACAGAAACAUGUACUGCAAAGUUGUCUUGCUGGAUGACACCAUUUUUGAGUGUUCCAUGGAUAAACAUGCCAAAGGGCAGGAUCUACUUAAAAAAGUCUGUGACCACCUCAAUCUCCUGGAAGAAGACUACUUUGGCUUGGCCGUAUGGGACACGCCGACCUGCAGGACGUGGCUGGAUCCUGCCAAAGAAAUAAAAAAGCAGGUUCAUGGAGGCCCCUGGGAUUUUACCUUCAACGUCAAGUUUUAUCCACCAGAUCCCGCCCAGCUGACCGAGGAUAUAACGAGGUAUUACUUGUGUCUUCAGCUUAGACAAGACAUCAUUACGGGGCGGCUGCCUUGUUCCUUUGCGACUUUGGCUCUGCUGGGGUCUUACACAGUCCAGUCCGAGCUGGGAGACUAUGAUCCAGAACUACACAGCGCAGAUUAUAUCACUGAAUUUAAAUUGGCCCCAAACCAGACUAAAGAGCUUGAGGAGAAGGUUAUGGAGCUUCAUAAAACGUACAGAUCCAUGACUCCAGCCCAAGCAGACCUGGAAUUUCUUGAGAAUGCAAAAAAGCUCUCUAUGUAUGGAGUUGACCUUCACCAAGCCAAGGACUUGGAAGGAGUGGAUAUCACUCUGGGAGUCUGUUCCAGUGGCCUUCUUGUUUACAAAGAUAAGCUGAGAAUCAACCGCUUCCCUUGGCCCAAAGUCCUGAAGAUUUCCUACAAACGCAGCAGCUUCUUUAUUAAGAUUCGGCCAGGGGAGCAAGAACAAUAUGAAAGUACAAUUGGGUUCAAGCUACCAAGCUAUCGGGCAGCAAAGAAGCUGUGGAAAGUGUGUGUUGAGCAUCACACAUUUUUCAGGCUGACGUCCACGGAGGCGAUCCCGAAGAGCAGGUUCCUGGCGCUGGGCUCCAAGUUCCGCUACAGCGGCCGGACGCAGGCGCAGACGAGGCAGGCGAGUGCCCUCAUCGACAGACCGGCUCCCAAGUUCGAACGGACGGCGAGUAAGCGGGCCUCCAGGAGCCUCGACGGAGCUAAACGUGAGCCUCAAAAAGUUGAGCCUAGAGCCAUAGAGGAAGAGAAGCAGGAGGAGGUGGUGGUUGAGGUUCCCGAAUCAAAACCCGUGGAUCAGUCCCGAGAGAAGCCAGCCAAACACGCUCCUGAAAAUUUUGAAAUGAAACCCAUUGCAGAGGAGGAAGAGGAGGAGGAGGAGAAGGUAGAGGUGGUUAAGGUUCCCGUUGCCAAGCCAACGUUACUGGAACCGUUGCAGAAGCAGUCAGCCGUGGCGGCGAUAACGCCCGAGAGGAGCCCCCGGCCCACCUCGGCCCCCGCCAUCGCCCCGAGCCACGGCCCCGACGCGGUGCCGGCCAAGCCCGACGCCAAGGAGGCUCCCGCCGCCCCCAGGGCCGAAAAGGAAGGGGCGAAAGCGGAAACGAAGCGCGAAGAGAUCCCGCCGGAGAAAGCCAAGCCGGAGCCGGCCGAGGCGGCCAAGGUGAGGAAAACGCACACUGAGGUCACAGUACCCCCUACGAAUGGUGACCAGCCCCAGCAGCAGCCUGCAGAGAAAGAGGAAGAGCUGAUAAGAAUGAGGAAGAAAAGAUCAAAGAGGCUAGAUGGUGAAAACAUUUAUAUCAGGCAUAGCAAUUUAAUGUUGGAGGAUCUAGAUAAGACCCAAGAAGAAAUAAAGAAGCAUCACGCCAACAUCAGCGAGCUGAAGAAGAACUUCAUGGAGUCCGUCCCCGAGCCGCGGCCGAGCGAAUGGGACAAGCGCUUGUCCGCCCACUCCCCCUUCCGCACCCUCAACGUCAACGGGCAGAUUCCCACGGGAGCGGAUGGAAGUAUGAGUGACUUUCUCUCCAAAGAGGAUGUGGCUGCAGUGCCAGAGAGGAAAAGUGUUAACCCUGCCUUUGAACGGGAGGGCCCCGAGCAGUCAGUAGCUUUUAGUGAGACCCAAAUGUCACCUGCCUCAGAGCCUGCUCCAAGUCGUGACUUUGGCGCGUCCUCCGUAAGCAGCGAGGAGGAGGAGGAGGCGGCUGCUUCCAGCCUCCGGGCCCCGGGCGGUUGCGCAGCUGCGGAAAAGCCGGCGGCCGCCUCGGCGCGAUGGGAGCCGGAGCCCCCGGUAACCCCCGCCGCCCCUCCGCUGCAGCCCGGGGCAAGCGAGGAGCUGGCGGAGGCUGGCGACGACAGAUUGGCGCGAGGAGCGUUUAGAAAGCUAAAAGGGGAGCGUCACGGCUCGAAGGUUAAUAACGGGCUGCCGGCAGUCAUUCGCUGCUUCCAGCCACCUCUAGUGAAGACACAGACAGUCACCAUCUCGGACGUGUCCAACGCUGUGAAAAGCGAAAUCCCAACAAAAGAAGUUCCCAUCGUUCACACGGAAACGAAGACCAUCACCUAUGAAGCUGCACAGACGGAUGGCGGCAACGGAGACCAAGAGCCCGGCAUCCUGCUGACUGCUCAGACCAUCACCUCCGAAACCACGAGCAGCACCACCACCACACAGAUCACCAAGACUGUAAAAGGUGGCAUUUCAGAGACGCGAAUUGAAAAGAGGAUUGUCAUCACAGGAGAUGUGGAUGUAGACCACGACCAGGUUCUAGCACAAGCCAUAAAAGCAGCAAAAGAGCAGCACCCGGACAUGUCGGUGACCAAAGUGGUCGUGCACCAGGAGACGGAGAUUGCCGAAGAGUAGCAAGGCUGUGCAGUGUUCCUUCCAGACAGAGCACGGGGGAAAAGAGACCCAGCAAAACUACAAAGAAACUACCUGGAGCACAGAGACCUCAGAUUUACCAGACUUACACUCAGAAACUGAACAUUCAUAUCAUUUAGUAGGAGUUGCGCUUUGACAUUUUACUUGGGAUUUUCCAGAAUCCAAUGGAUCCUAUUGGAUAUAGUUUUGUUUUGUUUUUUUCUUUUUAUAUUGUGACAACCAGUAUGCCAUAUUUCUAACUGUACUGAACAUUUUUUACAGGUUUCCAGUUUUGCAUUCCCUCUCACGCAAUAGCCUCUUCAGCUGCCAGCCCAACCACAACUCGCAGGGCUCAAAGGGUUGGGUUUUUUUUUUUUUUUAAGUUGAGUCUUUUCCCCAUCCGCCUCGUCAGGCCUAACGGAGAUAAGCCACACGAGUGCAUACUCUGAGAGCAGACUUUGUUUGCAAAAAGCUACCGCUGGGUCCUUCUGCCAGAAGAGACAGUUUUAAAAAGUCAGACUUCAGUUUGUGCAGCCUUUCAAAUCGCCCCUCGCUUUUUGGGAAGCUGGCGACGAUACCCCGGCGCGCAGAGCAGCGCUGCUGCCUUUAGUCUCCAUUUCCUCGCCGUCGUGGGCUUCGGACCGGCGCUGUUUGAACGCGGCAGGGUUGGGUGGUGUAAGCGUAUAUCCACAUCUUAAUAGUUGACUAGGUUUAAGGAAUACUGGAAGUUGCUUCGAGGAUCUGAUACUGUGAAUUGUAGAGCUUUGAGAGCUGCGCUAGGCCCCUCGCCUUUCUCCUGCGUAGCUCUGCCGAACGCUACCUGCCUGUUUGUGUUUUCUAGAUUAACUGCCAUUAAAUUAAAACGCCCUUAGAAGUGUGUGUUUAAGAUGCGUUGACUCUGAAUGCUAUUAAGGUAGGCUUAUGCAGCAUUCACAGUAACUGCUUUUUUUUUUUUUUCCCCUCUUUUCAGUGUCAUAGUUUUUCCACUUGUUUGUGUUCUUGAUUUUUAAAUAAGAUAUUUUAAGUCACUUUUUCCCCCCUCUCCUGCCAGUGCUAUUUAAAGUCGAACACAUUACUCACAUAUCAGGACAAAGGUGUUGCAUCCUACUAUGAUUUAGUUUAAAAUCCUUUAGACAAUCCUUCUUAGACCUGGAGGCUGGACAAGACGCUGUGGAAGGCGUUGGGUUUUGCUCGCUGUAAUGAAGCCAAGCCCUCUGGAAAGCAACCCGGCACACGCAAAAGCGUUGACCCCCUUCUCGUGCACCCAAUCGAGGGCCUGUACUUUGGCUUUGUGGCCACCAUGCUGGAAUGAAAUACCAGGUCUAGAGUGGUUGCAUCUUCUGGCUCAGCUUACAGACCACUUUAAAAACGUCUUUUUUUUUUUUUUUUUUUUUUUUUUUUAAAGCAGACAUAAUGUGUUUGUGGACACUCCAGUUGUCUCAAUUACACAAGUUUAUGGCCUCCUCUUGCAAUCGCUUCUGAAGCAUCCUUUAAGAGGCAUCUUCAGCUCGGCAGAGAGGCCCGUUCAGCUCCCCCGUUUUCCCCGUCUGUACGGUGCCCGGUGCCCGUCCUCCCCAGCGUCAGGGCCUGACUCCUGCCGCUGCUUUGGGAUUUCACGGAAGCGUUCUGCUCACGGCCUGGUUUCUCCUUCCAGCACGUUGGGAUUUUUUUUUUGUUAAAGAAAAAGCUUUGUUAAGAGUCUGCCCAGGCGCUUGUGAACACUUCAGUAGGACUUUGAGGUUGUGGUUGUGUUUGGUGUGGCACGCAGGUAGCUGAGGGCCCGGAGUGCUCUGCUGCCGCCCUUCCAUCAAGGGAGGGAAGCAAAUGGCAAUAAAAGAAGUUUUCUGCGAUUUUUAGAUUUGAAUAGUGUGUUUCAGAGGUCACCGGGUUUCGCUCAGGCUGCAGCGACUUGCUGUUUAGCUGAAAACAGUCUUUGACCUACGCUAUGGCUAGUGUCGCUUCUCGGAUUCAGGUGCAAUUUUAAUUAAGCUGUCUGGAGCUGCGUGCGUUUUGCUUUCCCUGAGCCUCGCUGGCCGCGGGGCCACGUCAGCACCCAGCCCUCCGGGGCCGGUGGCUCCUCUCCAGGCUGCUCCAGGGCUUGGUCCCUCCUGGAGAUGGUGCCGGCGGGUGCCAGCUCCUCGCGCGUGCACCCUCGGGGGCCUGGGCUGGUUCUCAGCAUCCCACUCCAUGGCUUUAGCGUAGAGAUUAAAUCUUCCUAUUUAUGUCUGAACAGCCCUUUCCUUCCUUGGGCAGAUCCUUUAGCGGGUGGCUGCCUCUGCUCGCUGUCUUUGUCCUCGUUGGGUAACGCUUGCCUUAACCGAGCACCACGCUGAGCAUCUCUCCAGGGAUGUCCCCUCGCUGGGGAAGCGGCUUUCUGCCGCUUGGUCCUUCCUUGUGUUCUCGCCCUGUAGCGGGUAAUUCAUCCAAAAAUGGGCACGCAGAGCCAUUUAAGAGGAUUUUUUUAGCUUUACCAGAAGAAAAACUAAUGCGAUAAAUUAAGUUUCUCCAUAGCACUUAAAGGCACUUGGCAGUCACGAGCCGUAGGGGAGCACGGCGCAAGGCUGUAGUGCAGUCCUGUGCGUGCAGUUAGGCAUCCCGGGGACCGAGCGCGUUGAAAAGAGCCAGACAUCCCGAGCAGCGGCUGCAGAAACACUCCGGGGCUCGGAAACCCGUUGGCCUGAGAGGUGGCUCCUUUCCAAGGGGACUGCGGGAGCCCCCCCUGCUUAAGGGGCCAUGGAAUAAAGUAACCUAAUAUAUAUAUAUAUAUAUAUAUAUAUAUUUUUUUUUUUUUUGGCUGGAUUUUGGGCAGCUCUCUCCAGGUUGUUCACUCACACUUCCCCUUGGUUACAUUUAAGUUCUUGCUUUUAUUUCAACCUCCCCAUCCCAUGGCUUUUCACAAUCCCGUUGUCUGAGCCCGCGGGGGAUUUCCAGCCCUCCGGAGCCUCUCCGGCAGCCAAGGCUGCAUACAUGGAGCCGGGAAAAACGCAGCGGCAGCCUGGGAAGAAGAUAGAGGAGCUCUCUGCAGCACCAGCCCCCAAAAAACCAUAAGUAGCUUCUCGCAUCUUCCCCCGGGGCCGCGGUGGGGCCGCCUGCGCCCUCCCUCCUGCCGCGGGGCUCUAGCAGACCCGGCUCUUGGCGCGUUACCUAUCGCUGGAGCCAAAGCAACUAUAUAAGGUCUAUUUAUAUGAAUGUUCCCAGCUCUUCCCAGUCCACAAAUUCACCUAGAGACUGUCUUGAUUGUAUAAUAUACAUUAUAUGGAAGCUAUUUAUAUAUGAAUGAAUGUUUUUAUAGAAAGGAAGGCAAGGAGCUCCUGACCUGUUCUCCAUUCACCUGUGACAGCAGCGCUGAACAGCGAUCGCUAAACACCACCGCUGCGUUAGCAAAGGACCGACUGGUUUCUGGGUUUAAUAAACUGUGGUUUGCUGAUUUCCUAAUUGUACAAUUUCCUUAAGAAUUGGUAGUGUCCCCAACCUUAGAGAUUAAACUUAUAAAAAAAAAAAAAAAGAAAAAAAACAAAAACAUUUUUUUAGUUGAGACUAUGAAGGAGCUUUGUAAAAUUUUUUAAGGCAAUUGUGAAUUGUCUAGGCUAGCUGUUUCCACUCUUUAUAAAAAUAGGAAUUUUUAAAAAGAAUCGGCAAAUCUUUAUAGACCGCGUAGUAAGUGGCGGGAGCUGUUAUUUUGGACUUUCAUAGUGAAUCAAAGGGAAAGUUGCUGUAGCGUUUAGGCAGACCUAAGUGUUCAGUAUUGCUUCUUGUAUUGCAUUUUUCCAAUAAACUUCCAAACAAAACCGUC